AAUUACUAGGUCUAAUAUUUAAGUGUUGACUACGCUCACUGCACAGUAUGAUUUUCACGGGCCUCCAUGGCCGAGAGCUUUGUGUAGCAACAGCAGGAUGAAACUUGAACUGAAAACCUGUUUUGUUGUAGUGACCGGAGCCAUUCCGACGCGCCGCUGCGCUCUGGAGACCCGGAUCGGUGCGCGCUUCUCGUCUUGAUCUCUGGCAGCUGCACGCGAGCAGGAAAAAGACAGUAGAAAGAAAACGUUUCCUAACCUUCAUCCUGCGAGGACUUUUUAAAAUAUUUUUUGCAGAGAUGACUGACAUCCUGCGGCUGGUGUCAGAAGCGGACGGACGCUCUUUACCCACUCUCUGCCAACUGUCUGAAAACGAUAUUAACUGUAUCUGGGCUGAGGUAUCCGCCUACAUUGAGCGUCAGAUGACCUUACAGAAGGGGGUCCACCUGGCAGGACUGGGGACCUUCACCUUCUCUCAGCAGAAGCUGGGCACAGGAAACAAGUUCACAUUGAUCCAAAGACCCAUCUUCCUCCUGGCAGGGAAGCUAGUCCAGUCUCUGGGCUUAAAGCAGGUCAGGCCGCUGGCUGCAGCAACACACUUACCAGUGGUGCACCUGAACUUUGCAGCUGUGUCCCAAGAGACUCGUUUCAGUCGAGACGUGGUGGAGGGCUGCGUUAGAGAAACUCUUCUGCUCCUCUUCAGAGCUUUGGCCUCCGAAAAAAGCGUGUUCCUCGCCUUACAGGGAAUUGGAGUUUUGUCCUUUAAGAACAACAAGGUGCGGAUGAAGUUCAACAGAGAUUUCAUUGACGCCAUGGAUGGAACUGGUAGGCUGCUGCUAGCCUUUAACAAUAGACCCGGGAGCAGUGUCUCUUUAAUGUCUGGUGGACUGUCCAGACUUCAGAGGCCACAGACUGCCAACCCCAUCACCCUGCCAACUGUCUGCUCUCCUCAGCCAGACAACAAGGCUGGUGACAAAGACCUAUGGAGCCUGUCACCAGCUCCAGACCAGAGGAAUGCGGGAGUUCCCCAACAGAGAGAAUCUAAAUCCCAUCAGACACUGCAGCCCCUCAAGAAGAAAGCUGUCAGCCUGUCUGAAGAACCGAAUCCAACACCCCUGAUGGAGGCCACUGACAAGCCCACCGCCUCCAUCUCACCACCAGAGGUCGCUCCCAAACAGGAGAAACACGCUGUGAAUUUUACCUGUGCUGGCCAUACCCGUGCUGGACAGGAGCUGUGCUACCUGUGUAUGCAACGGGCUCAGAGGAAUGUUCCAGUCUACCUGAGGGUGCAGCGGCAGGUAGAGGAGAAAGCUCAGGAGAAACUCUUACUGCUUGAAGAACAACAGAGGGACAAGCAGUACAUGGACGAGGAGCAGGCAAAGCGGAGUGAGCAACGUGAACGUGCAAAGCAGGUUGCUACAUUCAACCUGCAAAUGUCGGAGAAGAAUGAGAAGACGUGCUGUCCUCUAUUCCCUACUUCAUUCAUCUUCCCUGCUCGGCCCCUCACUCCCGUCAGGAGGAUUCAGCAGCAUCGUUACAUGAACGAGCUUCAGAGCCAGAUAGAGAGCCGGCGGCAACACGAUGCUCAAGACCAGCAGAACCGUCUUCUCAUGGAACGUCUAAACCAGGUCCAGCUGGUCCAGGAGAUAGCUCUGCAGAAGGCUCAGCAGCUCCAGCAGAAACAUGAGAGAACUCAGCAUUACAAGAGGGCGCUGGACACUCAGGUGGAAGAUAAGAAGUGCGCAGACCUUCCAGAGUGCCAGCCCGACAACUCUGGGUUCAACCACUAUGAGACGGCAGCCAGCGACACAGAGAGCCGAGAGAGAGCCCAGAAGCUCUUCCAGGUAAAUUUCACGGCUGCCACUCAGAGGAAGAGGGAAGACCUGCACAACCGCCAAGAACAGCUGGAGAAGGAGAGGGAAACUCUCAAACACAACAAAACGGAGUUAAUAUUGAGCUGCAUCAAUCGCUUUGAGAAGAAGAGGGACAUCAGUAAGUCACUAGCGGACGAGUGGAGUCGCAGCACGAAGCUCAAACACCAGCGAGAGGACGAGGAGAGGCGCUUCCUGAGGUCUGCUGGUCAGCUCCUGGUAGAUAAGCUUGCACAGUACAGGCGCUGCUGCCAGUGUAAGAGGAGGACCACCAACUGUGGAGAGACCAACAUCUGGAAAGACUCUCAUCACCUCUCCGGCUCCCAGUUCAUGAUCUAAUGAACAGUGUAGCCUAUAGCAGCACAUGGACAUCAAUACCUCACAGCCCGUGCAAGACCUCAACCCUCGUAGCUCAUCCUGUGACGGCCUCUCAAGAUUUAAAUAAUAAGUUAAGCAUAUAUAAAGCAUACUGGGAUGUUAUGGUGUGUGCUAUCCUCUGUUUUCAUGUGAGAUUUAUUCUGGCUCCUUUUCUAAAUUAGUCUCGAGUCUCUCGAGUUCAUGUCCGUGUACUUUUAUGUUCCCUAUUUGUUUUAGUAUUUGUUUGCCCCACGGUUGCCUGUUACUCACCCAUAUCAUUCAAUGAAAUGAUGCAUGUCAGCUCAGUUGGCUGACAGGUAGCUUGUCAAAAGGUUUGUGUGAGAGGUGGAAAUUUUGACUCUCUUUGUUGAUUAAAAUCGUUGUG